UUUCAACGACCUGGCUGCUUAACAACAUAAACAAAAAUGGGAGACUUAGCAUGCCUUGGGGUUGUGAUGAUGUGACUCGAUUUUUUACAUUACCAUUCUUCAGAUUGUAUUUUAAUUUUUUAUUCAAACACACGGUGUCUGUCUUGAGAUUUAAAGCAUAUCUGAAGCGUAAGCAGCGGAUGUGGAAUCUGUGAUGAACAGCUCGGGUCAUGAUGGACAGCGAUCUGAGCCCACAGGACAGAAAAGACUUGGAUAAAUUCAUCAAAUUUUUUGUCUUGAAGACUGUGCAGGUGAUCGUGCAAGCUCGUUUGGGCGAGAAGAUUUGCACUCGUUCCUCUUCUUCCCCCACAGGCUCAGACUGGUUCACCCUGGCAAUUAAAGACAUCCCAGAGGUGACUCAUGAAGCUAAAAAAGCUCUGGCUGGGCAGCUGCCCAGUGUUGGGCGCUCCAUGUGUGUGGAGAUUUCCCUGAAAACGUCAGAGGGAGAUUCAAUGGAGCUAGAAACCUGGUGCUUGGAGAUGAACGAAAAGUGUGAAAAGGACAUUAAAGUCUCCUACACGGUUUACACGCGUCUUUCCCUGCUUCUUAAAUCUCUCCUGGCCAUCACGAGAGUUACUCCUGCCUACAAACUGUCACGCAAACAAGGCCAUGAUUAUGUCAUUCUGUAUAGGAUAUAUUUUGGUGAUGUGCAAUUAACAGGACUUGGUGAAGGAUUCCAGACAGUACGCGUAGGAGUUGUUGGUACUCCCAUAGGAACCCUGACACUCUCCUGUGCAUACCGCACCAACCUGGCCCUCAUGUCGUCCAGGCAGUUUGAGAGGACGGGCCUCAUCACGGGGAUCAUCAUAGACCACUUCGUGGAGCGUCCGCUCAGGAACACGGCCCUCAUGCAUCCCUGCAAUUACAGAGCUCCAGGUGAGGACGAGGGAGGGGUUUAUGCUGGAGUAGAGGAUUCACAAGAAGUAUGCACCACCUCCUUUUCCACUUCUCCACCUUCUCAGUGUCUGUGUACUGUCAGUCAGGCACAUGGUAAAACUCCUAAACCUGCUCUGAUGGCCACUCUGAAGGUCCCUGUGAUGGGACUGGGCUUCUCACAGCAACUUUGUACUUCUCGCCUGUCGUAUCAGACUCCCCUCCUGGGACCAGUAGAUUUGUGUCAUCCAACUGCCUGCACUGCUGCCGUCCACCCACACCAGAUAGCUGUUCCAGGGAAAGAAGGCGGAGUUCCACAGGUGCUGGUUCAGCCCAGUCAUGGCACUCAGGCAGACCAUGGGCGUGUCCCAUCCUGCCCCUCAUCAGACACGCCCCACCCUCCACCCUCAAACUGCAGCAGUGGUGAUACAGAUGUGUUGUCGAGAAGUAGUGAAGGGAAGAGUGUGUUGCCUUCAGAUGCCCCUGAAACGACGUUCACCAGGAAAGUGGGAGCUUUCGUCAACAAACCCACCACACAGGUGACCACUGCUAGUCUGGAUCUGCCAUUUGCUGCAUUCGCUCCCAGAGGUUAUGACCUGGAGAAGAACGACCCCAUGGUACAGCCGUCAGCAUCACCCACCUCCUCCUCUCCAUUGCAAGACAGUCUGCACUCACAGAGCUCCAGCCAGAGUGGAGGCCAAGCACAAGAUGACUUUGUUAUGGUCGAUUUUAAACCAGCGUUCUCCAAGGACGACCUGUUACCGAUGGACCUGGGCACUUUUUAUCGGGAGUUUCAGAAUCCUCCCCAACUCACAAGCCUUUCCAUUGAUGUCAGUGCUCAGUCUAUGGCUGAAGACUUGGACUCUCUGCCAGAGAAGCUGGCCAUCUACGAGAAGAACAUUGAUGAGUUUGAUGCAUUUGUGGACACACUACAGUAGAUAACAAUAUAAUCUGACUACUCUUAAGACAGUCUUUUUUUUUUUUUUUUCCUUCAGCCAAAACAUUAGAUAGCUGAUUACUUUGGAGUUUCCUGCUCGUCUGUUGUUUAUUGCCUAUGUUUAAGCCAUAUGCUGUAAUAUUUAAAGCUUUUUCUUUCACCUAAACAUCCUGAUAUUCUUGAGCAUGAUUCUGGCUUGGAGUAUAUGAGAGGUUUUAGGUAAAUAGUUAAGUUUUUAAAAAAAAAGUAGUCUUUAAAAUAUGUUCAUUUAGGUUCUCUACUAUUAGUAUUUUUAUAAAUGUAUCUAUCAACUCAUUUAGCUUCAUGAUAAACCAAAAUGGAAAACCCAUGGAAGAUCAGACCCUGAACAUUGUAGAUCAUUUUGCACUGGAUUACUUCAGUUAUGUUUGAAUUGUGGGGUUGGUGUGAAGGGACCUUGGCAGGCCCAGAUCAUUGUGAUAAAUGUAUAUAGUGCACACUUUUUAUUUAAUUGUAUAGAGCACUGCCAAGACCUAGAAGCCCACAUGCAUCUGAUAUGCUCUGCAUAGAUCUCAGUGGUUGAAUCACAAUAAUUCUUCUUUUACACCAUGUUUUAAGAUGAAACAAACAAACAAAAAAAAAUAACCUGUCCAAUGGAGAGGAAACGUUUUCUGGAAGAGUAGCCUUUAAGCCUCGGUCACAACUGGACAUACGAUUUUUUGGCCGUGCGAUUUUUGGCGUUUCCCAAAUCGCUGCGUUUUUUUUUUUUUUGUUCGUGGAGAAUGUAGUUGUGGUGACCAUGAAGGAGUAAGAUCACUGCGCACCCAACGUACAACCCGGAAGUCGAACAUGCAUACUACGCACGAAAUCUGAGGCUGCUCAGACGUACGGCUGUCGCUUCAUUCAUACAGCCAACGCACCUUCAAACGUGCACUAAUUGUACUGACCGUGCGUUCCAUGCAGGCUUCGUAUGAAGGUUGCAAGAACUGCGCACGAUCUGUACGUUGUGCGUACCAAUGGCGUUUGUUUGUCGCACUGCAGCGAUUGGAGAGGGGUAUAUAUAUAUAUAUAUAUAUAUAUAUAUAUAUAUAUAUAUAUAUAUAUAUAUAUAUAUAUAUUUCGGCAUACUUUGGUUUCUCACUGUGAAAAUGUCAAUCCCUCUUCAAAGACUUCAUCUCGAACUCCUGGCCUGCUGGCCACUGUCGUGGUCUUCAUCCUCCUCCUCACUGCUCCUUGUCCUCUCUCUCUCCUCCCUCUCUGCCGCCGUCUGUCUCUCCUCCCUCUCCGACACCUUUUCUAUCCUCCUCUUCCCUUUUGCCUUUGGCAUAUUGAAUUGAAGCGAUGCAAUGAAAUGAAAUUAAAUGAAAUUGGGUUUUCUCUCAAUCAAAGCCUACAUGUACAAAUGGCCGUAGGCACCCCUGCAGCUUUAUAUACCCGAGUUUUCGUGCGAUUGACGCCCUCUCGCCGUACGGCCAAUGCACGGCCGACUUACUUGACACGCAUGGAGGACGUACGAAAUAUCUGAACGUGCGUUGGCUGCACUAAGUAUGUAUGUGGGGCGCACGACACACAUACAGAGUCUGCAAGUGCGACGUACGAAAAAAAUUGACAUUUUGCCCAAACCUGACACCAGCAAAUCGUACGAAAGACGCACGUCGGCCGUACGGAAGACACACGAGGCCGUAAGUUUGUCUUGCAACCUGAAAAAAACGUAAGCACCUGUAGAGUUUGUUUGACAUGACAAAGAACCUCUGCGGCCGGUCUGCGGCCAGUCUACGGCUCGAAAAUCAGCACGUCACACGCGCGCCCUCUGUGCGUUUCUUUGCGUUUUUUGCAUGUAGACCGGCCGUAGGAGCAUGUACGGCCGGUUGUGACCGAGGCAUUAAUUCUGAGCAGUUAUGCAAAGAUCAUUAAUACGGAUUCAUCUAUACCAAUCCUGGGAACAGGUAUCCACCCAAUACCGUACUCAUUUACUCAUGCAAAUGCUCUGAUACAACACUCAGUACUGCGUGAUAUUACAGUAUAGUGUCAUGUGAACCUAGUAUACUUUGUCACGCUAAUGAACAGAAAGCACAAAUUGACAGUGAUCUGGAAGCAUUUCAUGAUUAAUGAUCAAAACAAAGGACAGUGCAACCUGUUCUGUAUGAAAAUAUCAAGAGGAGGAUCUACAGCAUCUUCCUACAAAAGAAGAACUUUGAUAAAACAAAUUAUUGUAAAUAGUACCUUAAAUAGAGCAUGUGAAGAUUAUCAGCUUAAGCUUGCAGUGCAGUAUCAGCAAGUGUGUUAUUAAAUCUUGGUCAUGAAUUGCAUACACACAUACACAAAGGCUGUGUGUGAAGUGAAGAUGCAGAGUAGCUGUCGCACAUGACAGCAGUUCAGUUCUGUGAGCACUAAGAACUCUACUGGGUCUACACUUGGCUUGAAAGUCAGAGUACCAAAAACCAUGUACUUGAACCUAGUCUGAGGAAAAAGAAGGUAUUUAUGCAUUUGAAUUACAAUGAGAAAAGAUCUCAAGAUUGAAGUUUUUAGUGAUUCCCUCAUUUUAUCGAGUCCCUCAUCAGAGCACAAAAGAAUGCCAUGCAUUUAUGCUCUGCUCCUGAUACAUUCUUGACCACAUGGAUGUUCUCCUGAAUAAUUCCUUGUUGCUAUUUUUAAUAUUUUGAAGCAUGUAUAAAUGUUAUUCUUGAGUGAAGAAUCCUAAUUAUCCAUUGUGAUCAUAAUAUGUCAAACAGCAUAGUCUAGUUCAACACUGUUCACAUUACUCUUCUGUGUAGUGUUAUUGUGUUUACAGCUAGUGUUUUAUGAGCUUCAGUUUUUCCUCUCUGUUCCCUGGCAUAUACAUGUGUGCAAUAAACUGAUUUAUUUCAAAAA